AUGAAAUGUUUGAACGAUAUUAUCCAAGGAAAAGGUCAAAACACCGUUGCCCUUUACAGCGGCCCUCCUGGUGUUGGCAAGACUUUGACGGCGGAAGGCCUAGCGGAAAAGAGGAAGCUUCCUCUCUACAGUGUGUGCGCGGGAGACCUAGGUACAAAUGCCGAACAUCUAGAAGAAAAUCUACUCGAAAUCACCUCGCUUGCCUAUAAAUGGGGAGCCAUCAUUCUGAUUGCUGAAGCCGACGUGUACCUUGCCGAGUGCUCUCUUCAGGAUGUCCAACGGAACGCCCUUUUAUCAGUCUUCCUCCGCCAUCUGGAGUACUUCCAAGGCAUCAUGUUUUUCACCACCAAUCGGGUCGCGACUUUUGACAUGGCAGUCCAAAGCAGAAUCCACUCUUCGAUCAGAUUCGGCGACCUCGGUAAAGAUGCGAAGAGAAAGAUCUGGAAAACCUUCUUGGGUAGGGUGAAAGAUGGGGGCUAUCAUAUCAGAAAAGGAAAUAGACAGCUCAAGUGUGAAAAAGGUCAAUGGAAGACAGGUAAGACGUGUCAACUAUGGUGA